ACAAUAAUGGGUCUCCUACAAAGAUUGGCAGUACGGAUGACCCCCCUGCUCACAUUCCCAACACACGCAGCGCCACAUUUACCCACUCCCACCCCGUUUCUUGGCCUUAAUCCCGCCUCCUCAGCCACCUUAACCACCAUGAGCGCCACCAGCACUGCAGCCGGUACCCCGUUGGACACCCUUUUCAAGCAGAAAAAGACCCUUCGCUCCAAAGUCAGGAAAGAACUCAAGUCAAUGGACCCAGCGCUCAGAUCCAAAGAAGAUGAUGAGAUACAGAGUAUAGUGUUGGAAGCUCCAUGGUUCAAGUCUUGUAAGAGACUCUGUGCUUAUAUUAGUUGCCCUGCUUUGAGGGAAGUUGAUACAUCUAGAGUGUUGUCGGAAAUUCUGAAGAAUACAAGCCAAGAUGAUCAUUCACAGAUCAAGAAGAAGCUUUACGUUCCUAGGGUGGAAGACAAAAAUAGUUUCAUGCGGAUGCUGAACAUCUCUAGGAUAGAUGAUUUAAUUGCAAAUUCAAUGGAUAUAUUGGAACCUGCUCCUUGUGAUGCUGAGGGAAAGGAACGCGAAGAUGUAAUGUUUGCAAAUGAACCUGUUGACUUGUUUCUUUUACCCGGGCUUGCUUUCGACAAAUCCGGUAGACGCCUGGGCCGUGGUGGAGGUUACUACGACACCUUACUCGCGAAAUAUCAAGAGCUUGCAAAAGACCGCAAAUGGAAGAAGCCUUUAUUUGUUGCUCUUUCUUAUUCAGUGCAGAUAUUGGAAGACGGCAUCAUACCAGUCACUUCAAAAGACGUACCCAUCGAUGCUCUCGUGUCAUCCUCCGGUAUAAUCCCCAUUACUCCAGCUGCCGACGAGAUAUGUUCCUGAUGAUGCAUGCCCCCGUCUGAGUUCGAAUAAUUAGGUGGGGUCCACUCGAGGACGACCGAUCAUCUGGCGAGGCGGAUUCUGAAGCUGGUAACGUUGGCAGGGUGAAAAUGUUCA